UACUAAAGAAGGAGGUUUUAUUGAAGCAAAAGACUCAGAGUGAAGAGGGGUCUCUUUGCUUUUCAAUAAUAUUCCUCCUUCAAACAUUUUUCCUCAGAUGCUGUCUGUAGCUUUAAGAAGAAGCGCCAUUGCGUCACAGGGGGUUUUCCUUUGGGCACGUGGUUCUCAAAGAUGUUGGACAUCAGCCCUGGAGGGAGCCUCAGUCUCGUCCAGCUCCUUACUGAAUGAUUCUGGACAAGUAAAACCUUAUUUUAAUGGACUCUGCCAAAGGCAUCAUAGUAACUUUAUGUUCUCUUCAAUGAGAAAUCAAUAUUUCCACUCCUCCUCUGUGAGGCUGAAGAAACGAGCACAGCCUGAACCUCCUCCAAGAGAGCUAGACCUGGUGCGGUAUGACAUGAAGCACCUGUGGAAAGGUCCUAAACCAGCUCUUUUUCUGGGCUUCGCUGGGCUUAUCCCCUUCAUCUCUCCAACUCUGCUCAUGGCUGUAACUGAGACCUAUUACCCAGAGCUGGCCUACGGGCAGGUAGCCUACGGCGCUUCCAUCCUCUCCUUCCUGGGCGGAGCGCGGUGGGGGUUUGCCCUACCCGAAAGCAGCCCAGCCAAACCUGAUUGGAUAAACCUGGCCAACAGUGUGGUUCCCUCGCUGUUAGCCUGGGUGGCCAUGCUGAUGACUGACAACAUUGUUCCAGCAGCAACUAUGGUCAUCAUGGGACUUGGAGUUUCUCUGCACUAUGACUUGUCUCUGCUCCCUACCUAUCCCAGCUGGUUCAAGGCUUUGCGCACCGUCCUGACUGUCGUGGCAUUUUUUUCUCUGCUUGGCACUCUCUUAAUGAAUGGUCUCUUUCCUGAGAAAAGUUUAUUCUGAGGAUAAUUGUUUAAGCAUAAACUAAACUGUAUGCUGAAUUGUGUAUGGUUAUGUUUUGGAUUUUAUUCCUCCGUUUAUUUCUGCAGAUGAAAAAUACAAAAUAGUAUCAUUUCAAUCGCAGUUCUUGGUUUGAUUCUACUUUUGUUGUAAUGCAGGUUAAUCCAGGUUGAAUAAAUAUUUCAGGAGUUCUGUUUGAAGAAAGCCCUCACGCAUUUGAACAAAUGUAAUCAGUUUUAUCUUCUGCCACUAGGUGGCACUGAAGUUUCAAACUGAAUUCACCAUAAUGGGUCUUGGCAUUGAAUAAAAACAAAUCAACACUGAUAUUUGUGUGAUUUAAAUAUGUCUAGACCUUAAAGAAAAUACAUUUGCGUAUAUCUUUAUUAGUACAGAGAUCUGAGACAAUCCAAAGGGUAAUUUAGACUUUUUAUCUCUGAAAACAAACUUAAAAAGCAACAAAAACAAGUAUUUUUUUUACACAAAUUAACAGAAUAGAAUCAGGAGC